AUGCCCUGGCAUGCGCCACCAGACUCAGUCGUGGCAGCGCAGUUGAACAAGCUUCCCAUUCAUGACCCAACGUGGCUCUGUGGCCUGUGCUUCGCGAGGUGCAAAAAUGUGUACUGCAAGAUUGUGCUUCUGUUUUUUGGCCUGUUGUUGAUCCCUGCAAUUACAUUGAACCCGAUCAUCGUCAUUUCUCAUUGUUGGGGCAAGAGCCUUGAAUGCUGGGAGAGCUCGGCGGAGAGCUCGGCGGAGCAGUUUGCACACUGGCUCGUUUUCUGCUUCGUCUUGGUUGGAGCAGCGACUGGCAUCUUUGGUCUUUGCGUCUGCUUCUGGUGGCUGAAGAGCUGUACAUAUCGGCGCUGCCGCAGCUCCGACUUUCAUUGCGGAUACGCUGUUGUGGGCCAAGGCAGCUGCUGGGAAGUGAAGUUUUGGAUGCUCUCUUGCCCCGUAGAGAGCUUAUACCUGCCUACGGAAGUCUGCGUGAAAGGAGAGGAGGUCGCCUUGCUCUUCCCAGAGCUUAGUCCAGAGGUCAAGGGAAUUACUAGUAAGACCUAUGUGUCAGCUACUUUUCUGGGAGUUGAUGAGGAAGACGAGCCGCAGGCAAAGUUUCUGUGUGCCGAUGGGACGGUCUGUUGGCUCACUGUGGAAGACAUGUGCGAUGGUGAGCUCUGUUUCGUGGCACCAAGCUUCCUGGUUGGUCAAGUCUGCGUGAGCUUGGAUGAUUUGCUAGACAUGGAUUCUGCCUGCAACGCCGGACGGACGCACAUUUUGAAGGGAAGUGCUGUGACGAAGGAGAUGAAGGAGUCCCCAAGUUGUACGGUCUUCGAUGUUUGGAAUUGGUAUGCGCUCAUUCACGUGCCGAUGAGGGCCUCGGACGGCAGUGCUUGCGCGGCCUGGAAGAAAAGCACUUUCGAGGGCGUGGACGGCUUGGAAAGCUUUGAGAAGCCGGGUCCCGAGCAGCCUGAGCAGGUGCUGAGCACCUGUGUGGACCAACUGUGUCUUUCUAUAACAUUUGCCACGUCGAUGCUUCCGGUGCAGUUUCUAAUCUUCGCGUGGUUUCCAACUCCUGCUAUCGCAACCAAUGAUGCGGCUGAGGAUGGCAGCCUCGAGAACACCCUGAGCCAUUCUCAAGAGGCGCCGGAGCUGCCACCCAUGUCGAAAGAGCUGGAAGACAUCAGCGACUCCCAGGAGGUAGCACACAUGAAGACGGAAGAGGAGGACUUGGACAACCUUCGCACCCAGGCUGCCUUGGUUCGUGCUGCCGAGGACGACGAUGAGGAGCCGGCCGGCGACAAGAAAAUGUCAGCUGCAGCUGCGACGAAGGCCGCAGCCAAGGCAGCACAGGAGUCGGACGAAGACGAGGAGGAAGAUGAUGAGCCACCACCUCUUAAAGCGAGCCGAAGUAUGGGCACUGCGCAGGUGCCCCUCGGCAAGGCCAAGCCGGCACAGGAGGAUUCCGAGUCCGAGGACGACGAUGAGGAGCCGGCCGGCGACAAGAAAAUGUCAGCUGCAGCUGCGACGAAGGCCGCAGCCAAGGCAGCACAGGAGUCGGAAGAAGACGAGGAGGAUGAUGAACCACCACCUCUCAAAGCGAGCCAGAUCAAGGGCACUGCGCAGGUGCCCCUCUGCAUGGCCAAGCCGGCGCAGAAGGAUUCCGAGUCCGAGGACGACGAUGAGGAGCCGGACGGCGACAAGAAAAUGUCGGCUGAGAAGGACAAGCCAGGAAUAGCUGCGACGAAGGCCGCAGCGGCGGCAGCACAAGAGUCGAACGAAGACGAGGAGGAUGGAUCCUUGCAGGAAGUCUUGGGGAGCAAGGCGGCUGAGGAUGGCAGCCUCGAGAACACCCUGAGCCAUUCUCAAGAGGCGCCGGAGCUGCCACCCAUGUCGAAAGAGCUGGAAGACAUCACCGACUCCCAGGAGGUAGCACACAUGAAGACGGAAGAGGAGGACUUGGACAACCUUCGCACCCAGGCUGCCUUGGUUCGUGCUGCCGAGGAUGGAUCCUUGCAGGAAGUCUUGGGGAGCAAGGCGGCUGAGGAUGGCAGCCUCGAGAACACCCUGAGCCAUUCUCAAGAGGCGCCGGAGCUGCCACCCAUUGCGAAAGAGCUGGAAGACAUCACCGACUCCCAGGAGGUAGCACACAUGAAGACGGAAGAGGAAGACUUGGACAACCUUCGCUUGAAGACCCAGGCUGCCUUGUUUCGUGCUGCCGAGGACAACGAAAAGAAGCUCACCCAGAAGAUCCAGGAGCACUCCGGCGAAAAGGAGGAGCUCUAUGCCAAGAAGGUAUCCAUGCGGGAGAGGGCAGCCGCCCUCAUGAAGAAGGUCCCUGCCGCUGUCUCCAAGAAACCAAUCAGUGGAAAGGAUGGCGCCAAGCUUCUUGAGCUGCAGAAGGCGGCGCAAGAUGCACAAGAAGUCGUGGAAUUCAGUGCCGGAGACAAGGUCGAGGCCAAGUACGGCAGCAGCUUCUACGACGCCGAAGUCCUGUCCAUGUCCAUGGAGGAUGGCAAAGUGAAGCUCAAGUGGCUCAAGUGGAGCCAUGACGGCUCCCAAGCGGAACUGGAUGCUUCUGAAGUCAAGCUCAAGCCGGACUCCCAGGAGAAAGAGGCCGCGCCCCCCGCAGAGCUCAAGGAAGGAGACAAGGUAGAAGCAACGUACGGUGACAGCUUCCAUGAUGCGGAGGUAUCCAUGCGGGAGAGGGCAGGGCGGCUAAAAGCGGCCGCCCUGAAGAAGGCGGCUGAGGAUGGCAGCCUCGAGAACACGCUGAGCCAUUCUCAAGAGGCGCCGGAGCUGCCACCCAUGUCGAAAGAGCUGGAAGACAUCACCGACUCCCAGGAGGUAGCACACAUGAAGACGGAAGAGGAAGACUUGGACAACCUUCGCUUGAAGACCCGGGCUGCCUUGUUUCGUGCUGCCGAGGAUGGAUCCUUGCAGGAAGUCUUGGGGAGCAAGGCGCCGGAGCUGCCACCCAUUGCGAAAGAGCUGGAAGACAUCACCGACUCCCAGGAGGUAGCACACAUGAAGACGGAAGAGGAAGACUUGGACAACCUUCGCUUGAAGACCCAGGCUGCCUUGUUUCGUGCUGCCGAGGACAACGAAAAGAAGCUCACCCAGAAGAUCCAGGAGCACUCCGGCGAAAAGGAGGAGCUCUAUGCCAAGAAGGUAUCCAUGCGGGAGAGGGCAGCCGCCCUCAUGAAGAAGGUAGCGCAGCAAAGGGCGGCCGAAGUGAAAGAGGAGCUCCCGCCUCUCCUGCAUUCGAAGGUCCCUGCCGCUGUCUCCAAGAAACCAAUCAGUGGAAAGGAUGGCGCCAAGCUUCUUGAGCUGCAGAAGGCGGCGCAAGAUGCACAAGAGGUCGUGGAAUUCAGUGCCGGAGACAAGGUCGAGGCCAAGUACGGCAGCAGCUUCUACGACGCCGAAGUCCUGUCCAUGUCCAUGGAGGAUGGCAAAGUGAAGCUCAAGUGGCUCAAGUGGAGCCAUGACGGCUCCGAAGCGGAACUGGAUGCUUCUGAAGUCAAGCUCAAGCCGGACUCCCAGGAGAAAGAGGCCGCGCCCCCCGCAGAGCUCAAGGAAGGAGACAAGGUAGAAGCAACGUACGGUGACAGCUUCCAUGAUGCGGAGGUAUCCAUGCGGGAGAGGGCAGGGCGGCUAAAAGCGGCCGCCCUGAAGAAGGCGCUGGGCCGAGGUCCAGAGCGCGGCCGGAGCCGCGUGAGGCGGCAGAGGCCCCGCGAUACUAGUGCGUCCUCCACAAGGACUGAGAACAUCUCUCGAUCUGCAAGGUCGAGAGAUGUUCGUUUUCGAGGACACAUGGGGCCCCGACCGUCCUAG